CGGGCCGCGGCCCCCCACGGCGAGCCCUGGGCUUUUCUGGGCCGAUUUUGGGGUGAAUGUAACUGUUCGGUCUGUCGUGUCCCCCGUUCUCUGAUGGGCGUUUGUCAGCUCGGGCCGGAAGGAGACCAUGUUCACUGGAGGGCGGCUCCUGAACGUUGGGGCAGGAAGGAGGGGACCCUGGAGAUGGCGCCAGCUCUGCCCGGCCCAGUCCGGCCACCCUGGGGACAGGGACUUGGCCUUUGGCUUCCCUAUUAGACCGAAAUCGACCUGUGCCCUUUAUCAGAAAGACAGUUGCUGCAGCGGUGACCGCAGGCGGCGAAAGACAGAACUAACUAAAUACAACGUUCAGAGGCCCUUAGCUCCCUUCCGGGACGUUUGGAAUCAGAUCGACUGUGGGCGCCCUGCUGGCAUCCGAGCUGGGAUGGAAAUUCUACGAUGCAGAUGACUAUCACCCGGAGGAAAAUCGUAUGAAGAUGGGAAAGGGGAUCCCGCUGAGUGACCAGGACAGGAUUCCAUGGCUCUGCAACUUGCAUGACAUUUUAUUAAGAGAUGUGUCCUCAGGACAGCACGUGGUUCUAGCCUGUUCAGCCCUGAAGAAAAUGUACAGAGACAUCCUCAUCCGAGGAAAAGAUGAUGCAGCUCUGAAGCAUGAGUCGGGAAAGAAAGAAAAGCUGGCUGAAGUGCAGCUCUUGGUGGUCCAUCUGAGGGGGUCGUUUGAAGUCAUCUCUGGACGCUUACUCAAGAGAAAAGGACAUUUCAUGCCCCCUGAGUUACUGCAGUCCCAGUUUGAGACUCUGGAGCCCCCAGCAACUCCAGAAAACUUUAUCCAAGUCAGUGUGGACAGAAAUCUUUCAGAGGUAAUUGCUACAGUUAUGGAAACUUUAAAAAUGAAAUCAGAAUCAUUUCUUAUCAGUGGUCCACAACAGAAUUAGGAAUAAAUCUCUAGCCCAUUCCAAACCUUGUUCCAGUCUCCUUGCCUGUACUGUACUCUGAAUUCUUAAGGUGAACAAACCACAAUGUGUCGAGAUAUACUUGUUUGGAUGUAUUUUUAGGAAUUUGUGACAUACUUAGCAUCAUGUGCUGCUACGCUGGGAGAAGAGGAGAGGGAAACUUUAAAUGUCAAACUUAAACUGAAGUUUAAAUUCAUCUGUGACCCAAUCAAAUGAUCAGAGGAAAUUCUGUCAUCCAUGUUGGAAACGAUUACCUUGUUUAGAACAUUCUCGCUCAUGCCUUUAUUUGUACAAAUAAAUGAAA